AUGCACAAGUACCGCCUCGUCGCGAAGAAAGGCGAGGGCACCUUCUCGGAGGUGCUCAAAGCGCAGUGCAUCAAGAACGGGAAGUACGUCGCGAUCAAAUGCAUGAAGAACCACUUCGACUCGUUAGACCAGGUGAACAACCUGCGAGAAAUCCAGGCGUUGCGUCGCCUGUCCCCGCACUCGAACAUCAUCAAACUUCUAGAGGUUUUGUACGACCAGCCCACGGGCAGGCUCGCGCUCGUGUUCGAGCUCAUGGACAUGAACAUCUACGAGCUCAUCCGCGGACGGAGGCACUACGUCAAUGAGGACCGGGUGAAGACAUAUAUGUAUCAGUUGAUCAAGAGCAUGGAUCACAUGCAUCGGAACGGGAUCUUCCACCGCGACAUCAAGCCCGAGAACAUCUUGAUCAUGGACGACCAGUUGAAACUCGCGGACUUUGGGUCGUGCCGGGGGAUUUACAGCAAGCAGCCGUACACGGAGUACAUCUCCACGAGGUGGUACCGAGCCCCGGAGUGUCUGCUCACGGACGGGUACUACAACUACAAGAUGGACAUGUGGGGCGUCGGGUGCGUGUUCUUCGAGAUCGUGUCUCUGUUCCCGCUGUUCCCCGGGACGAACGAGCUCGAUCAGAUCCAGAAGAUUCACAGCAUCAUCGGCACGCCGCCGUCGGAGUUGCUCCAGAAGAUGAAGCACAUGACGCAGCACAUGGACUUCAACUUUAAGAAAACCGCCGGCAGCGGCAUCGACAAGCUCAUCCCGCACGCGGCCAAGGAGUGCGUCGACCUGAUCAAGAAGCUUCUGGAGUACAACCCGGACGACCGCCUGAGCGCGCGUCAGGCGCUGCGGCACCCGUACUUCCGCGAGAUUCGCGAGAUGGAGAAGAGGCAGCACGCGCUGCUGCACCCCGGACUGCACGCGAAGGGUGGCGGCGCGGAGCAAGAAGGGAGAGGCGCGGGGAGCACGCACGCGCAGCACGGGAGCUCGGGGCCAAACUCGGACGCGGCGUCGUCCGGCGCUCGGUCGCGCCGAGCGCGCGGGUCCGUGAAAGCGAGCGCGUCCGUGAUGGACGAUCGGAGCGAGCGCGAGGAGCGGCGCGACGAGCGACACGAGCGUCGCGCCGAGCGCGAACGCGAACGCGAACGCGGCGUCGCGGCGGCGGCGAGGAAGAGCCAUCACGGCUUGUACGGCGGCGGCGGCUCCGUCGUCUCGGGGGUAUCGCACGGCUCGCACGCGCGGACGUCCAGCAUACACUACGGCGGCGCCGGCGCGGCGUCCGUCGUCUCUGGAGGGGACAUCUCCGUCGGCGGCGUCAGCGGCGUGAGCGGGCGCGCGUACGACGCGUCCAAUUUAGCGCAAGGGUUGGCGGGGAUCGGCGUCGGGAGCAAGAGCAAGGCUGGCGGCGGCGCGUCGAAGACUUCGACGUACGGCUCGUACAAGGGCGGGUACCAGAAGAGCACGACCACGACGUCGUCCAGGGUGAGUAACUCUUUGAAACCGUCGGUGGGGGGCGUGGGGGGGCAGAAGGCGCCGGUCGGGCAACGCGAGAAGGGGAAGUACGUCUCGCCGUACGGCCAGCGGCGGAGCUGA